CUCAUUUUAACUUACCAUUCAAAUCUAUUAUAAUAUAAAAGUUUUAAUCAAACGUUUCAAGAUUAUCAUGCAUAUAAAGUUCAUCGUGGAACUUGCCACAACUUUGACCAUUUUUGGGCAUAAAAUUUCAGAACUUGUGAGAACUUUAAACGUAUUUUUGUGCCGUUGAUUUAAAGUGCCAGAUUGUAACGAUAAAAAUGUACAAGGAUUUAGGUCUUUUCAUGGAUAUAUAUACAUCAAGUGAAGUGGAUGAAGCGGUGGAAGAUAAAUUAACUGUUCAAAAUUCGGAUCAAUUUUCACCGAGGAAUUCAAUGUGAAAUUCACCGGGAAUUUGCAAGGGUGGAAUUCUCCUAAAUGAAUGAACUGACUAUAUAAAUUAUAUGUAAAUACUGAUUCAUUUGCCGUGUGUAUAUUAAACUAUAGAAACAUGAGGACUAAGUAGAGAGAACAAUUAUAUACUUUUUGUAUUGAAACAUUAAAACAACAAUGUACAACUGAAGGAAACUGUUGUGACCGGAAUUGUAGAAUUUCACCCUGGCCCCUUGCAGCCACACCCAACAUAGUCGAUCACCCGUGUCAACCGAGAGUACCAGUCAUGGUGCCUCAAUCGAAGUAUUCGAUUGCUGAUGGUUGCGUUACAUGGUGCAGAAUGGCUACCGAGCCUCAACCAACACAAGUACCCGUCGAGAAGAACAAACAUGGUGAUGCGGGUUGUAAUGUGGGAAGGAAGGUUGUACUUCAGGAUGUUAAAACUCCGGAGAAAGUGUGUUCCUCCAGCGAACCAAAUGCUGGAGGGAUGACGUUGAGAAGUUCCAACUUCCGCUACGCCGAAAACAUCUCGAGUUUUCUUCCUCAAAUGUUCUUCACUCAUCCUCAUGAGUUCUGGUUCUUCUCAACAAAAGUGAGUCACGACUUUAAUGACCCACAUUUACACUAUGACGAUUCCGUGGCAUCGAAUUACGGCGCUUCCAUGCCAAAUAGGAGCGAAGUUUCAGAGUGCCCAAGAAUUCGUAAGUCGACAUCCGCUGUGAUUCAAGUGUGUCCAAGUGUUCCUGUGUCAACACCCCCUGGGAUUCAAGUGUGUCCAAGUGUUCCUGUGUCAACACCCACCGGGAUUCAAGUGCAUCCAAGUGUUUCUGUGUCAACACCCACUGGGAUUCAAGUGCAUCCAAGUGUUUCUGUGUCAACACACACUGGGAUUCAAGUGUGUCCAAUGAUUUCUAACACAGAGCUGACUGAAACUCAACUCGCGGGAUCCACAGAGUUUCCUAAAUCGGCAUUCAGUAAAAAUACUUGCAGGAUAUCUGCCAAAAAUCCACACGCGGUGCAUCACAUGACUCCUACAGUCAAGAGAAAAAGUCUGGCGCCUGGUGUUGCUGUGCCCUGUCUGUCAAAAACCAUAAAUGAAACCCACAUUUUAAAUCCAACAAGCUUCUUCACAGCGGUGAUGGAGCGUACGAUCUGUCAAAGGUCCCGUGCGAUGUUGAAAUCACUUUCUGCUGAACACACAUCGGAUCUUGAUGCAAGUGGCACCAAAGAAAACUCUUUCUUUUCCGUCCAUGAAUGCAUUUUGCUUCCUAUUUCAAAUUUAGAUAUGAUGUUUUCCAUUUCUAGUAACGGUAAUUCUAUUCUAGAGUGUAAUCUAUUGAUUUUAUGCAAAUUAAUUAUUUUUGAAGUCGCGCCAUAUACUUCGUGGGUCAAGAACAACUCUUUGUCCAAUAAAGAAGUGAUUUCCGGCCAUACCCAUUUAGGGAGGUACGACCCCUCAAUAGGGAUGUUAGAUCCCACAUUAGGAGGGUUCUUCCCCUUAUUAUGCAUUGUUGUCCCUUCAUUAAGGAUGAUCAUCCCCUCAUCAGGACGUUUCGACUUUUUAUUGAACGUUUUAAACCGAACCCCAUCUCUGGGGUACCUCACCAGAGUAAACCUCUCUGCUUCUGACGUCCACAUCCAAUUCAGUUUGAAACGUGGACACGGAAAUGGCAGUCCCUUCAAACGUUCCCAGGAAGGAAAUGACAGUCCUUCUCAAUACUGUCAGGAGGGAAAUGGUAGUCCUCUUCAACGUUGUCAGAGUCCUCUUCAAAUCCGGACUCAUCUGAAAACUCCGCUUCAAAUUUGGCAAGAAGGAGAAGAGAAUGGAAUCACUCCUCAAACUCGACAUCAGGAAGAAGAAUGGGGUAUUUCUCCUCUUCAACCUCUUCCCCACGUAGAAAAAUUGGAUGUUGAUCCGCUUCUACCUCCUCCCCACAUAGAAAAAACGGACGUUGAUCCUUUACAACCUCUUCCCCACGUAGAAAAAUUGGGUGUUGCUCCUCGUCAACUUCCUCCCCACGAACAUAAACAGACGAACUUCGUAACUUCCCCUUCAUCUUCCCCUUCCCCUCCUCGUAUGAUAAACACCAACGGAAGUUUGAUCUCCCUUUCCGGCAGCUGGGGAAGGAAAUGUCCUCCUCGUACAGGAGGACGGUGGUUGAGAUGGACAUUCUUGCUGCUGGCGGUCAUGGUGAUGGUCAACGCUGGUAUGGGCGAAGGACGCAAGAAGGACAGCAAGAAAGGAAUACCGAAGGAUCGAAGUAUCAAGCAUUGCAAGGACCUACAUUUCGGAGUGAUAUACCCCAGCGCCCACUUUCACCAGCGGGACUACCAGCGGGCGGUGAAGGAGGCGCUGGAGAAGGAGACCCCCUUGACUGUGAGGGGCGGGAAGUACGUGUGCCUGCAGAACAUCACCAUGUCCCUGGCCGUGUACUCCUCUCCUACGUCGAUCCUGAACACGCUGUGCGAGGCGUUCCUGCCGAAGAACGUGUCUGCCAUCAUCUUCAUCAGCAACAGCCAGACGUACGACCACAACAUCGCAUCCUGGCAGUACUUCCUGCAGCUGGCAGGCUACCUCGGCCUUCCUGUCAUCGGCUGGAACGCUGACAAUUCCGGCCUGGAACAGGCUGCGUCCACGGGCCUCCGUAUCCAGCUUGCGCCUUCUAUCCGCCAUCAGGCGGCGGCCAUCUUGUCCAUCCUUGUCCUCUACAGAUGGCGGUCGUUUAGCAUCGUGACGUCACAGAUCGCUGGCCACAUUGACUUCAUCCAAGCGGUGCGGGAGGAGGCGGCGCGAUAUGGAGACAACACCCAGGGGAACAGCCGCUUCGUGUUGGUCGACACGAUCCUGCUGAAGGACAAGCAGAUCCCCGAGGGCAUGGCCCUCCUCCAGAAGAGCGAGGCGCGGGUCGUCCUCCUCUACAGCACCAGGACCGAGGGGCGCGUCAUCAUGAAGGAGGCCACCAAGCGGGGCCUCACCGGGGCCUCCUACAUCUGGGUGGUGACCCAGUCCGUCGUGGGGGACCUGGGGGAGGCUAACAUAGAGGAGGACUUCCCUGUGGGGAUGUUGGGUGAGUUGGGGGGUAGAAGAUGGGUGAAGGAGGGGAUGGUGGUAGAGUCCAUCAAGAACGUGACGGUAGACGAUGACAGAAGCAAAGUUACUUUCAACGAAGACGGGACGCGACAGGACGUCGAGCUCAAGAUAGUCAACCUACGGGACG